CGCGCGCAGACCGUGUAACUUCACUCCUAGCGGAGCCGGGGAAGUCGCUGGCUGCGGGGUGCGGGGCUCGCGGCGGUUCCCUCGGUGCGAUCCUUACUUUGCCUUGUCUCCUCCGGCUCUCCGUCGUCUCCGGCAGUCAAUCUUCCUCGAAAUCCACUGGCCUGCUCCCGGGAACAUCCUUUGUGCUUCCCAGAGACGCGCCGUAGCUUCCGCUGGUGGCAGUUUUGACAGAUCGCCUUGAAAGAAAUGGCUACUGGACAGGAACGAGUGGUGGCUUUGGUAGACAUGGACUGUUUUUUUGUUCAAGUGGAACAGCGGCAAAAUCCUCAUUUGAGAAAUAAACCUUGUGCAGUUGUACAGUACAAAACAUGGAAAGGUGGUGGAAUUAUUGCAGUGAGUUAUGAAGCUCGUGCAUUUGGGAUCACGAGAAACAUGUGGGCAGAUGAUGCUAAGAAGUUAUGCCCAGAUCUUCUACUGGCACAAGUUCGUGAGUCCCGUGGAAAAGCUAACCUUACCAAGUACCGGGAAGCCAGUGUUGAAGUGAUGGGGGUCAUGUCUCGCUUUGCUGUGAUUGAACGUGCCAGCAUCGAUGAGGCUUACAUAGAUCUGACUAGUGCUGUACAAGAAAGACUUCAAAAGCUACAAGGGCAGCCUAUCUCGGCAGACUUGUUACCAACCACUUACAUUGAAGGAUUGCCUCGAGGCCCUACGGCAGCAGAAGAUAGUGUUCAGAAAGAAGAGAAGCGAAGACAAGGCUUGUUUCAGUGGCUUGAUUCUCUUCAGGUUGACAACGCAUCCUCGGCAGACCUGCAACUCACCGUGGGGGCGCUGAUUGUGGAGGAAAUGAGAGCUGCCAUAGAGAGGCAGACGGGUUUCCAAUGUUCAGCUGGAAUUUCACACAAUAAGGUCCUGGCAAAACUGGCCUGUGGACUAAACAAGCCAAAUCGCCAAACCCUGGUUUCACAUGGAGCAGUCCCACAGCUCUUCAGCCAGAUGCCAAUUCGCAAAAUAUUCUUUGUCUCUUUUGUUAGCCGUAGUCUUGGAGGAAAACUUGGAGCUUCCGUCAUUGAAAUCCUAGGGGUAGAGUACAUGGGUGAACUGACUCAGUUCACAGAAGCCCAGCUCCAGAGUCAUUUUGGAGAGAAAAAUGGGUCUUGGUUAUAUGCCAUGUGCCGAGGGAUUGAACAUGAUCCGGUUAAACCCAGACAACUACCCAAAACUAUUGGCUGUAGCAAGAACUUCCCAGGAAAGACAGCUCUGGCUACUCGGGAACAGGUACAGUGGUGGCUCUUGCAGUUAGCCCAGGAACUGGAGGAGAGACUGACCAAAGACCAAAAUGAUAACGACAGGGUGGCCACCCAGUUGGUUGUGAGUAUCCGUGUACAAGGAGACAAACGUCUCAGCAGCCAGCGUCGUUGCUGUGCCCUAACACACUACGAUGCUCACAGGAUGAGCCAGGAUGCUUUUGCUACCAUCAGGAACUAUAAUACUUCUGGAAUCCAAACUGAAUGGUCCCCUCCUCUCACAAUGCUCUUCCUCUCUGCUACCAAAUUCUCUGCCUCUGCCCCUUCCGCAUGCAGAGACAUCACCGUCUUCUUGAGCAGCGACGCAAGUUCUGUGCCGAAGGUGCCAAUUACCAGUUCGGAGACCAAGACCAAGGGAAGUAGUCCAGCUGUGCCAGCCACUAAAAAAGCAACCCCUUCUCUGCAGUCAUUCUUUCAAAAGGCUGCAGAAAAGCAGAAAAUUAAAGAAACUUCACUUGCAUCUUUUUCCACCGCCACAAGCAAUUCACCAUCCAAACCCUUGUUAAUUUUCCAGACCAGUCAAACUACAGGAACUGAGCCCUUCUUUAAGCAGAAGAGUCUGCUGUUAAAACAGAAACAACUUAAUAAGUCUUCAACUUAUGUUCCACAAAACCUACAGUCCAACUCUGAAUGGUUACCAAACUCUUUUCCAGAAGGGUCUUCAGAUGGGGUUCCUGUUUGUGCAAUAGCAUUGAAGCCAGAAUCCUCUAAAACAAGCCCUGAAGAGAUGGAUUUGGCUCAGAACAGUCCAAACAUGCCUCCUUUUUCAGCCCCCAAGUCUCUGGAGGUGGCCCAAAAGGCAACUACUACCCCUAGUCUUACAACAACUGAGGACCAAGUGUCGUGUGAGAAGUGUGGCUCCCUGGUACCAGUGUGGGACAUGCCAGAACACAUAGACUAUCACUUUGCACUGGAACUGCAGAAAUCCUUUCUGCAGCCUCACGUCUCCAAACCCCCAGCAGUCUCAGCCACUUCUCCACAGGGGAAAAGAAGUCACAAGAGCCCUUUAGCUUCCAGUAAUAAACGCCCUAGGCCUGGGGGCAUGCAGACAUUGGAAUCAUUUUUUAAACCAUUAACACAUUAGUGUUUUCAGCUCACUGGAGGGCUUUAAUAUUUUUCCUGUAACUGGAGAGAUGAAAAUAUGUUAAUUUCUGAAGGAAAUACAUAGCUAUGAAAAUUUUCCUACAAAAAUCCAGUUAGGUUAUAGACUAAGGGUUCCGUCUUUUCCUAUGGGAUUCUGAUGCUGUUGCCAAAUGAAUUGUAAAAAUCUAGCCUUUGAGUUUUUAAAAUUUUUUAGUUGUUUUGUUUCUCAAGGAAGGGUCUUGCUCUAGCUCAGGCUGACCUGGAAUUCACUAUGUAAUAGUCUCAGUGGCCUUGAAUUCAUGGCAAUCUCCUAC